UCUUGAUUCUUCAGGCUUUCAAAGUUCUUCAAGAUAUUAUUUCAUUUUCAUUAAAUGCAAUAUCAUGUGGUCUCUUGCUUAUUUUGCUUUGAUAGUCCUAAAUUUCUUGGAGAGACCUCUGUGGUGUGAAAAUUAUACCAAACCAUCUUGUAGCGAUAGAGAGUAUUUCUUUCUGGGACAGUUGCCAUAUCUAACUAAUGUAGAAUGUCUUAUUUAUGAGGGAUUAACUGUUGUAGUGCUAAUCAUACAUACUUUCUUCCCAAUAUCAUAUGAAGGGUCCCGUAUAUAUUGGAGAAAUGCAAUUAAUCGGUUGAAGGUAUGCUUGUCAAGACUAUUGAGGCUUCACGUUGGCGUUGCUUGUAUUUCAUUAUAUUUGUUCUUUUGGGGGGUUUACUUCGUUACAAACUUGGCCCUUGCCGUUGUUUAUCAUAGUUUCAAGAGUGAGCUUGUGAAACAAGUUUUCGAGAUGGAUCGUAUGAGAAGAGCAAUGUUGGAGAAAGCUUUUAAUCUCUUAGAUACUCGUAGUACUGGAUAUCUUAACAAAGAUCAAUGCAUUAGGCUCUUUGAGGAGUUGAACAAAUAUAGGACUUUACCAAAGAUCACCAAGGAAGAAUUUGAGUUAAUAUUUGAUGAGCUCGAUGAUAGUCGUGACGUAAAGCUCAAUAAGGAUGAAUUUGCUGAUAUUUGCCAUGCCAUUGCUUUAAAAUUCCAGAAGGAGGAUUCUAUCUCUUACUUUGAGUAUUUACCAUUCUAUAAUUCACCCACCUCAAAUCAAUUGAAAGAAUUUGUGAAGAGACCCAUCUUUGGAUACCUAGUCUCUUUUCUUCUCGUACUCAAUCUAGUUGUUGUUAUUAUUGAGACAACGCUUGAUAUACAAAAUAAUUUCGGUCAAAAGGUGUGGCAAGUGGUUGAGUUCAUUUUUGGUAUGGACAUCGAAACUUACGAUUCCUUUAUCAUAAACAAUAACGAAGAUUUGCAAGUUCUGUUUCACUGUCGUCCUCAGUUUUCCGAUGUGAGAACCCCUGAACUAUUGGCCAAGUUUGGAGAUGUGUUGAGGGUGGUGGAGCAUCUAGUUCAGAAACUCAUCAGUAUCCCCGCAUUUUUCAAUUUUAGACUUGGAGGCCAUGACAUAGCAAAGGUUACCGGGAGAGCUUUUGGAUUUGGGACCAAAGAUACACAGGAUACAGACAGGAGGUCUAGCUGA